AUGCGGGAAGAGGCUACAUACCUGUUAGGGUCAGGCCCCUCACAUUGGCACAAGCUGUAUCCCAUUGCCCAGGGAGAUCGCCAGUCACCCAUCAACAUCGUGUCCAGUCAGGCUGUGUACUCACCCAGCCUGCGGCCACUGGAGCUUUCCUAUGAGGGCUGCAGAUCCCUCAGCAUCACCAACAAUGGCCACUCUGUCCAGGUAGACUUCAGUGACAGCGAUGACCGAACUGUGGUGACCGGGGGCCCCCUGGAAGGGCCCUACCGCCUCAAGCAGUUCCACUUCCACUGGGGCAAGAAGUAUGAUGUGGGUUCAGAGCACACGGUGGAUGGCAAGUCAUUCCCCAGUGAGCUACACCUGGUACAUUGGAAUGCCAGGCAGUACAGCAGCUUUGGGGAGGCGGCCUCAGCACCCGAUGGCCUGGCUGUGGUUGGUGUCUUCUUGGAGACGGGGGAAGAGCACCCCAGCAUGAACCGUCUGACAGAUGCGCUCUACAUGGUUCGGUUUAAGGGCACCAAGGCCCAGUUUAGCUGCUUCAACCCGAAGUGCCUCCUGCCUGCCAGCCUGCACUACUGGACCUACCCCGGCUCCCUGACGACACCACCACUCAGCGAGAGUGUCACCUGGAUUGUACUCCGGGAGCCCAUCAAUGUCUCUGAGAGGCAGAUGGAGAAAUUUCGGAGCCUGCUUUUCACCUCGGAGGAUGAUGAGAGGAUUCACAUGGUGAACAACUUCCGGCCACCACAACCACUGAAAGGCCGCAUGGUCAAGGCCUCCUUCCGGGCCUGAGCUGCCCACCUGCCCAUCCGGCCACUAGGGCACCAUCUUCCCAAGGGCUUCUAUGUCAGCAGAUACCAAACCAUCUGAGGCUCCCUGCCUUGGGGGUGCUGUGGACCCCCCCUCAGCUGGCUUGCUCCUUGGUCACUCUGGAGGCUUCUUGAUGGGACCCUCAAGGCGGGGGCACCCUUCAGCUGCCCUGGAAACAGGAAGGACAGGAGCUGAGCAGGGUCCAAGCCUGGGGCUGCCUCUGCUCUCCAAGACCCAAGGCCCCUGGGAACCUCCUAUUGUCUUCCCCGCUGGCAGUGGCAGCAGCCCCACCCUGAGCUCACACUGUGAUGGACAAGACCAAGCUCUCUGGGGCAGGCAGCAGGCACUGCCAGAAAGACUCAAGCAAUAAUUAGAGGUGGGCAGAGCUGCCCUCUCAGCGUUACCUCUUCUGCAGGCCUCCGCCAUGCACGCACCUCACUGCCAGGCCAUUAAAAUCAGCACCUAGCCUGCUGGCGGUGACGUGGCCUUCUCCCUCCAGCUACCUGCUGCCAAAGGCAGGCCCUGGCUACAGCUUAGGCAGUACCUCCCGUCAUCCCCACCCAGCCACCAAAGCUACCUACAUGACAAGCCACUCAUGUACUAAUUAAUAAAUUCAUGUGUCCAUGCAACAAA